AUGCAGUCAAGUAAAAUAUUGGUGUCACAUUGGAGAAAAUCCAUUCAAGUACAAGUGAAUAGAAAUUUGGCAAUCAAUAGGCAUUUUAAUACAAAUCCUGCUGUUGUGCUAUCGACAAAUAAAACUUUCACUUUCGAUCAACAACGACAACAACAGCAAACACAAAAACGUUGGUCAACAACAACGGCUGCAAUCAAUGGUAAUAACACCACCACCAGCGUCAAAUCAUCUCCACCAAAACAUGACUGGGAUCGUGCUGUUAGCGAAGCCGAGCGUAUUGUUGGCUAUCCCACAUCCUUUUUAAGUUUACGCUGGCUACUUAGCGAUGAAAUAGCUAAUGUGGCAUUGUAUCUACGUAAAUUAGUUGGUAGCAGUCAUCCUCUGUUGAAGACAGCCAAAGGUCUUUUGUAUAAUGGCAAAAAUACCAUGCAGGCCUGGGGUCUAAUUGUUCUACUCAUAUCCAAAGCUGCUGGUCAUGCACCAUCUGUACCCGAUAUGGAGCAGGAUAAAAGUGCUGGAGUUUUGCACAGUCAACGGGGUCUGGUGGAGGUUACGGAAAUGAUACGUAUAUCCCAUUUGAUUCACAAUAGUUUAGUUAAUCUACAGCGUUCCACCAAAGCCAGCCAAGACAGUGCCUCCUAUGAUGACAUGACCUUUGGCAAUAAAAUCGGUUUGCUGAUUGGUGACUAUUUACUAAGUCAUUCCAGUGCAGAAAUGGCCAAUUUGAGAAAUCAAGUUGUUGUAGAAAUGAUUUCUUCGACUGUUCGUGACUUUAGUGAAUCGGAAUUUAUCGGUGAACGAGAUGAACAAAAUAAUCCCUUGCCAUCAAGACCGGGCACGAAACCUUUGCAACAGACCAGCAAAACAAUUAGUACAACAGAUAUUGAUUUCUGUCGCGAAGAUGUCUUGAAACCCAUGAAUAUUAAUAAAUAUUUGGGUGAUCCGGAAAAGGAAUGGGAGGCACGUAAUAUUUUAAAUGUUGGCAGUUUGUUGGGCAAAUCAUGUUCGGCCUCUUUGCUGUUGGCUCAACAAAGUGAGGAAUUGCAGAAGAAGGCAUAUUUGUUUGGUAAACAUUUGUCGUUGGCCUGGCAGGCAUGUAUUGAUGCGGAACCAUUUCAAUUAUCAUCACUUCCAUAUGAUACCACAUUCAGUCUGGUGAGUGCUCCCGUUUUAUUCCAUUUGGAAUAUGAUCCAAAACUUUAUGAUGAAAUUGAAAAGGGCAAAGUUAGUGUUGAAAAUGUUGACUACAAUAAAAUACACAAAGCGAUCCUGCAAGGACCCGGUCUAGAGAAAACAAAACAAUUGCAACGUAAACACACAACGGCAGCUUUAAAGGUACUCGAAAGUUUCCCCAACAAUGAUGCCCGCAAGGCAUUGGAAAAUAUAAUCUUAGCAAUGCAAGAUUUAUAAAAUCAAAGAC